CCUGUAGAAACACAGUUGAAGACUUUAGCCACAGCAUCGACAAGAAAGGCAUUUUCAGAAUUCGUUUCCUCCGAUGAUCCUGAUGAGCAGCUUGGAGUCGAUCAGCCUAGAGGACAAGGUGGCGUCCGAAUGCUUUGCCGUCAGACUUCAGAAGAAAAAUCUUCAGGAGAACCGCAAACUACAAUCCAAGAGCAAAAGCAGAAGAAAGACUCGCACUCGACUACAAACAUGCUCGGCCGUGUCUUUCGUACGCAUUUCAUUCAGUAUGAAGGCGGAAGGAACUAUUCGAAUGAGCCUGUUCUCGCUUGCGGUGACGGCUCAACCUAUUGCUCAGACAUGAUUUGCCCCAUGUACCACGGGCCUUGGGACAUUGAGGGCGCUGGGCGAAAACAGCCCUUGCUAGAGGAUAGCUUGCCUAACUACGACCCUGCGAUGAUGAAGCCGAUCAUUCAGUGCGAAUUCUCGCAUGCUUGGGGCAACAGCUGCGGCAGUGUCCACAAAUUCUUCGAUCUCUAUUACGACGAGCGCUUUCCGGGAAUACAAGGAGGCUUCGUAUGGGAGUGGGCGGAUGCGGAACUGAGUGUGCCCGACGACUUACAUCAGCUAUAUGAGACGGCGGGACGAGCUUGCAUCCAAGAUUAUGUUGAAAACAUCUCGUCCGGAGGACUUGCUUCUUGGAGUCGGGUCUUUACGCAACAAGAAGAUGAAAGUGACAAACUCAUCAACAAAGCGUUGAGUAGUGUACUAGGGCCAGGUGUGCGUCUUGUGAAUGAUGAGCAUCAACUUGAUCCAGACCACGACUGUGCGGAAGUAGAACAAGUAAAGCUUGUGGACGAACAGAAUCAGAAAAGCACUAGCAAGGUUCAAUUAAGGCUGUACCUAAUACAUCUUUGGACGCAUCCUUGAAACGUAUGGAAGGGUAUCCUACGGGAAUACUCACCCAUACUUUUCAAGGAUGCACUUGAAAGAUGAAUUGCGGACAGCUCUAAUUCAAAGUGCUAGCGCUACUGCUAAAAGACCAGCAAAAUUCUAUUAUGGUGGCGACUUUGGUCCGACUUCUGGAUUCCAGGAUAACAGCUUCAUUGCAGACGGCUUGUUGCAUGCUGACCGAGCUCGUGUACACCCAACUUAUAUGGAAUUGCGCGCACUCCAACAACCUGUUUUUUUUUCUCCUCUACCAGUGCUGGAGCAAGAAGAUAGUCCUUGUCCUACAUGUCCUGCUUCAUGUAGUACAACUAGCACGACCAUGCGCCUACGGAUACAGAACCGCUUUGAUUUUUCGACUUUGGGACAUGUACAGUUUUUUGCGGAAUACUCAGGAACAUCGCGGCUGUUGCAGUGCGCGAAUCCUCAAGUAUUACCAAAACGGUGGACCACAAUUGAGGUGCCGAAGCAGAUAGGAAUAGAGAUCUUAAGACCAAUUUUAGUAGCUGCUUCAGAUUUUUGUCAAGUAGUUGUAGUAGACUUGCCCAAAUAUUACGAUCAGGAAAUUACUUAGUACUUACUUGCGUAAUUGAACGGUAAUAUACUUAAUCUUCAGAGGAAUCAAAACUCACGGACUACAACUAGCCCCCCGUUUGCUUGAUUGCGUUUGGUUCUUCUAAAAAAAGACGUCUCCCAGUCCCAAGGACCAUACCAGAAGCUGUCUCGAGUCUACGCGAUCUACCAGGAGAAUCACUAUGACCAAGUGAGGCGUCGCGCGUAUAUGACUCUGGGUUUAGCGCCGAUGGACGUCAUUCUCGGCGAAUGGUUUCCUACGCCUCUAGCCCUGCUUGGAGGACACAAAGGUGGAGCAGAAUACUCAAGUUCAAGUGCUGCUGCUGGCGGCGUCACAGCUGUCGACGUAGUUCAAGAGCAUGGAAAGAAGUGUCUAGAAAACUUGAUCAAGCAAGAAAUGACCGGUGUUGAACAAGAAGUUGUCGCAUCUUCUACCGCAGAAGGUGGUUGGAGGAGCAAGAUCGUUUUUGACGUUCCCGGGGCUGGCCGAAGACCGCAAGACUCCUCUUCUUCUUCAGCACAUCCUAUCAUCAAGCUGCCGAUUGCUACUACCAGUAUUUUACAAAAUGUUGGACUCGCAAGCGGAACUUCUACAUCUACAGCAAGAAGUUCGUGCAUGAUUGAAAGUAUAGAGUACAACUUUGUUCGCGCACCCAUCGAGAACGACCGCGGUGGCAUGGACGUGGAACUGGUUGUAGGAGGUCGCGCUCUGGCUCGCCGGAUUGGAUACUUACCCUCUGGAUUGGCAAAGCUGUGGCACAACCAAUUCUCUCACGUGUGGCUCUGGACCUUCGUGUACAAACUAUUCGAGGGUCGUAGAUGGACGAGUACUACUGCUAGGAACGAACAGGGCUCCGCUUCCGGGACAGCUGAAAAAAAUAACUACAGGUUUAUUCCCAACAUCUACUAUCCCAAGGAUUAUUAUAGUAGCAAUCAUGCUGCGAGUAGCAAUGCUGCGAAAGCGAAGACUGACGAAGACUAUCCUGCUAACAAGACUUCUUUUGCAGCUGGUGGCUUUUCGCUGAAGUCUGUUGAGGUCGUGACGGAGAAGGAUCAACAACAGAUCACAGGAGCUACACCAGCUUCAUCCUCAACAUCUCCUAGUGCAAACAUCAGCAAAUAUGUGCUUCAGCAUGACAGCCGCUUACUGGGUGUCCAGACGAAAACAGAAGUUUUUACCUCUACUAGUUGUACUCCUUUGGAAGAUCUUCAACUGCAACAACCUGAUGGACCACAAGGAGCCGCGCAGAGCGUCUUUCUUUCAUGCACCGUUGACUGUCGUCGCUGUGUCACUUCAUACUUGCCUCGCGUUGGCAUUCGAUUGUGUCUCUCUUAUGAAAAAGAUUCAAAUCAUUUUUUUACUGAUCGUAGGAACAAUGUCCACCUAUAAGUAACGUUGUAACUAGUAGAGCCUGAAGAUGAUUACCAUUUACUCUCAGUAUUCCCAAUAGGAAAGGUGUAAGUAUCUCUAAUCUGCUGGUCGCCACGAGAAAUACAGCUACUAUGGUCAAGGUCCUUACGAGAACUACUGCGAUCGUGGUCGAGCAAGCUGUCAUCUGGGUCUCUUCGAAAACGAAAAUGCCAGAGCAAUUUAAGGCUUCAUUCCUUAAUCUCUACUUCAAGAUGCUCUACUUCAGGAUGCUUCUACUAUUGUCUAGUACCAAGAUGAAUGAAUCGGGAAGGUCUAAGCAGUGUGUCCCUACGCAAAACCGCAAGAAUACAACGGCCGCGCAGACGCACAAUGGGUUUUCUUCACCACAAAGUCUCAGAAACUGGCGAUACGUAUCUUCGACAUGAAAUGCAGUUCCUCUCCAGAACAAAAACAAAAAGAACUGAAAAAAAUGGAAGCUCCUGCAUCUUCGAAGAACAAGGAGUUGUCUACCUUAGCGCCAGUGGCAGAGAUUCGGCCUCUUUUAACAGUGACGCCUUGCAGCAUCGAACAAUUGACAUUAAGGAUUCUUGGAGUGAAGUAGAACAUCAAGGUAUAACUUCUUGAAAACGUCAUCUUUAUCUUUUAGGAUUUUAACAAACCCUUCUUGUCUACUAAGUAGGUACCAACUACCUCUAAUGACAACGACAGAGCAUGCGCAUGAGCUGCGAGACGAGGGGAAGACGUGGGUUUGCUUCGAUGUCUCGCACAUAGGGAUUGCUGGAGCUGGCGGGUUGGGAAGUGUGUGGGGUACGGAUCCCAUGUGCAACCCAUUGCCAGAAAAACGAAUAUGGAGUUGGAAAAUCGAAAUUCGAUUUAUUCCGUGAAGACCAUUCAGCAACGAGGAGCACACUCCUUCUCAUGUAUGUUCUUGUUGAUUUCUCUCAUAUGCACUAGUUACAAAUUAUAGAACUAUCAACUUGCAGCUUCUUGUUAUUGCCUCGUCCUUGAAGCUGGCCUGUUCAUAGUUGUCUUCCGUGGUCCACACUACAAACAAGAGAAAAUUACUUGAGUUGUCGAACAAAAUAUGAUAGACGAUUUUCCUCUUUUUCUAAAUUUUGUACAAGCAAGGACUUCUGUGAACGAAGAUUUUCCGAAGAGUCCUCGUUUGAUAUGCUUGAGUCGUUCAUUCUAGACUUCUAUUCAUUGUGCUUUUUUGUGAGCGUCGUAGCUAACUUGAGAUUAACUACCCUACAGGAGUGGUCGUCUUACGUACAAUUCUUUGUGUUGUUCCUCGUCCUUCUCCUAGCUGUUGAGGUAUAACUACAUAGUUUAGUGUGAAGCAGGCACAAAGGACGACAUUUCUUCCGCUACAUUCACUUUGGAGGUAAUAUAAGGAAAGCAGAGGAUGGAAACUGCUGAAGAACUUCAGAAGUUCGUUUCGCCACUGUUGUUCAAGAAGAGAGGGCAAGAAAGUCGUGCUUUCCUUAUAUUAAUCGCAGUGACUUCAUCCGGUUGCGUUUAUCUUGAUUUUGCAUCGCAGAGCACUGAAAGUGAAAGGCAUCGCGCAGCA